AUGACAGCAGCCCCCAACACAAAGACAUCGCAGACGAAGACGACCCGGGCAAAGGAGCCACCACCCACGCGAGCAGCACCACCCAACGCCUUCACCGGGGAAUACCCCACCCAGAAUGCCGAUCCCGGAGGCAUCCCAUCCCACGUGGCCCUGCACCAGCUACCAGAGCUCGCCGAAGGCCCGUCCACCUCCCGCGUGGCUCUACGACGGCUCGCAAUAGCCGGCGACACCACUGUGGCAGCCAGCCAGGAAGGACGACCCGACGAACCUAUCGGGGAGCUGCAGCUCCUAAGACGGGAAAACGCGGUUCUCCGUAGUCAGCUGAAGCGCCUGCGACAGCGGGAACAGCAGCGACGACCCACUACGGGAACACUAAACGCAGAGCCCCGAACCCACCAGCGGCUGAAGUCCCCCCACCAACACUGGCAGUGGACACUGUCGACGCCCCGGACAGAGCCAGCGACGGCCCCCAGCGCCACGAAUGCCUGGAUCGAGGCCGCCAAGGCGUUCCAGGCCGCCCGAGCAGCUAAGGCGGAGCAGAGUGAGAAGAAAGAGCAGAGCGGGGAGGAGGUACUGAGCGAGGAGGAGCUGAGCGAGGAGGAACAGAGUGAGGAGGAGGGACUAGGCGAAACCGAAACUCCGGCCGACAGCGGGAAUAGGUCGGAAACCUUGGACGAGACCGACAGUGAGGUCCCCAGUCCAUUUCCCAGCCGAGGUGACGAUGAUAGCACGGAGGAGUACCCGCGGACGGAGUCGGGCAUCGACGAUGGGCGAGACACGCCACCUCCAGAACCACGGGCAGCUAUGCCGGGGCAAGCCACACCAUCCCCAGAGAACGGUAUUGACACCCAGCCGGACGACGACGAUCUCUCGCUAGGGCUAUCCGCCCCCGAGGCGCAGUAA